GCGACCUCCCGCGGGCGGGGCGAUUUACUUGGCGGCUACUGGAGAGCCUGGGAGCUAUGGGUCUAUGUAUACUUCCCAGCAUUAGCCCCAGAGUUGGAGGUGGCAGGGCUCCCCAUGACCCCAUAUUCACUAGUGUUCGAGGGCCCGUACCGGCCGAGACCUCGAGAGACCCUCCUUAACCUGCGACAGUACUUUGAUACUGUGCGACAUUCAGAGGUACCUCAGAACUUUCAGUUCCUUUCAUUUUCAUCUUUGAUUUGCUCUGUAUAUUCCCGAUUUCUGAUUGGUUUAUGCAUUUAUCAUCCGCAGAUCACAUGGCAGCCCUGGGUGUCCCUGGGUGAUGGUCUCCGACUUCAGUAUACCGGAGGGUCAGACAUCUCCCAGUAUAGGGUCCUGCUUGAAGGGCUGGUUGGCAGGGCCUGGUUCCUAGGGGAACGCUUUCUGCGCCAGGUAUGGGGGUAUCUCUCUCAGGAUCCUCCCGCAGUACCCCCAGCCAGUAUGCGGACUGCUGACAGGCUCUCUUACUCGGAGGUAGUCAGCGCUAUGCUGGGUAGUGAUGCUUUACUAUAUAUUGAGGAGGGGGACUACGCCACUUACCGUCACAUAUAUUUGAUGCCUCCAUUGACGGGGGCUCGUAUUCUGAUGAUGAGGCCUGCCGGUAUGUCAUCCUCGGGCCAGGCUCGGGCUCGGGCUGCAGACGCCCCUUCUACUAGCAGGGCUGGUACAUCUAGAGGUGGGAGUAGACCGGUUCCUCCGGUCCCGUCGACUUAUCCUCAUCCCGGAUGGCCAGAUAUGCCGACUGAGUUGAUGGCGUGGCAAUAUGGGGCUAUCUCUCCGACUCCGAUCCCGCUAGAGCCUCCGAUGCCCAGUGAUCGAUACGCUAUUGAUCCGGACUCACCGCCGCCAUCGCGAGGGUACAUGGAGGAGGUGGUUGGACUGGUGGCCACACUCGAGGGCAUGGUCCUGCGUAGGGAGGCACAGUUGUCUGUCGCGGGCAUUCAGAUGCCUUCAUGGUCCGGUCAGCCGCAGGCCAGGCCACCCGGGCCUCCUUGGGGAGCUGGGCCAUCUGGGCCUUUUUAGGGAGUUGGGUCACCCGGGCCUUUUCAGGGGGCGGGGCCAUCUCGGCCUUCCCGAGGAGCCGGGUCAUCUAGGCCUUUUCGAGGAGCUCGAGGAGGGCCUGUCCGCAGACGCAGGGCUCACGUUGUGGAGGUGGAGCCUGAUGAAGAGGAGGAGGAUGCUGAGGAGGAGGAGGAGGCUACCGAUCGUCAGUCAGAUACAUCUGCUGAGGAGGGGGGUUCCGGUUUUGGUUCGGGGAACAGAGGCGAGGCUGAGAGGGAUCUUGAGGAUGACAGUUCCGACUCAGAUGAUGAUGAUGGUGCGGAGGUUGUCCCGCAGAAGAGGAUGAGGAGUGCUUCUCGUUCCCGUUCCCGAGGACUUUGAUGCUGCUAUUUCCUGCUUUAUUUUUCUUUUUGCUAGUAGUUUGUAGCACUUUGCACAUUGUUAGGCAGUUUUAUUUUUUUGUAAAACUUGUACCUUUGUUUGUUGUAAAGCAUGACGAAAUGAAAUAGCUUUCGAAAAGGUGUUUGUAUUUUAAACUUU